ACAACACAACAAAAUAUAUUAGUCCUGUCACUUUAAUAUUUCCUAAAACAGAAAUUUUAAAUGAAAAUUUAAGAUGCAGUCUUCGAGUGGUAUGGUACAUGGUUAUCCAGGAGGUCCUGGAUUACAAUGGAGCCCCGAUAAAAAGCAUAGCGAUCGCGAAAGGUGGAUAUGUAUUUAUCCUGCUUACAUCAACAACAAAAAAACAUUGGCACAAGGGAGAAAAAUAGCCAAAGAAAGAUGCGUGGAAAAUCCUACCCAUCAGGAAAUUCGUGAUGUUCUGGUCGCGGCUGGUUUGAAAGUGGGUGUUGAAAACAAAUUGUACAGUAGAGAGAGAAGUAAAGAAAUGUUAUAUCGUGGUAGAAUAAGAAUACAGUUAAAAAAUGACGAUGGUAGUUUGUGUAAUGACGGUUUCCCUACUAGAGAAAGCAUUAUGUAUCAUUUAGGAGAUAUGAUUCCCAAACUGAAAAGCAGGCAAAAUAAAAGCUCAGGCGAGGCUCCUCAGCAAGCAUCUACUGGUACUAAAGGCAAGGGGAAGGGAAAAGGACGGAGAUAAUUAUUUGAGAAAAAAAUAAUUGUUAAUUUGUAAUAAAAUAUACUCCUACUUGUG